AUGACUCCCUCGCCCAGAGCUGUUGCGCGCCUCAGGCCGUCGCUGCACGUCUUCUGCUCUCGACAGACGGGUCGAACGACAGUCUUCGCUCCUGCGACCUCCCAUGCACAGCUCCGCUACAGCUCCUACGCCCCCAUGGGCGGCGACUCGUCGCCCAAGCCCCGGAAAAAGGUCACCAUUAACACCUUGCGCAACAUGUACAAGAAGGGCGAGCCCAUUGCCAUGAUCACGGCCCAUGACUACCCCAGCGCCAGUCUCGCCGACGCCGCCGGCAUGGACAUGAUUCUGGUGGGCGACAGCCUGGCCAUGGUGGCGCUGGGGAUGGAGGACACCAGCGAGGUGACUCUGGACCAGAUGAUCAUGCACUGCCGCAGUGUAGCUCGGGCGGCCAAGUCUACUUUUAUCCUUUGCGACCUGCCCAUGGGGUCCUUCGAAGUGUCGCCCGAGCAAGCCCUCCAGUCAGCGAUCCGCAUCAUUAAAGAGGGCCGGGCCCAUGCGGUCAAGAUGGAGGGCGGAGCGGAGAUCGCGCCCAUGAUCAAAAAGAUCACGACGGCCGGCAUUCCGGUCGUUGCUCACAUCGGCCUGACGCCGCAGCGCCAGAACGCGCUGGGCGGCUUCCGCGUGCAGGGCAAGAACGUCGCCGGGGCAGUCAAGCUGCUGCAGGACGCGUACGCCGUGCAGGAGGCGGGGGCCUUCCUGGUCGUGCUGGAGGCCGUGCCGUCGGAGAUUGCUAACAUCAUCACGAAGAAGCUGCGCAUUCCGACCAUGGGCAUUGGCGCGGGGAACGGCUGUUCGGGCCAGGUGCUGGUGCAGGUCGACAUGAGCGGCCAUUUCCCGCCGGGACGGCCGCUGCCCAAAUUCGUGAAGCAGUACGCGAACGUGUGGAACGAGGCGUUCAGGGGGAUUGAGCAGUACCGGACGGAGGUCAAGAGCAGAGCGUUCCCUUCGGAGGAGUACACGUAUCCGAUUCCGAAGGAAGAGGCGGAGGAGAUUGUGAAGGCGCUGGAGGAGGCAGAACCGCCGAAAUAG